CUUUUUUUUUCCCCCCAGGGCUUUUGGGGAUAGAAGACAUUUUCCUGUGAUCUCUUGAAAAUACAGUCUGUUUUCUUCCCAGAAUGUUUGAUGGAUAUGAAGACAUAGAGGAUACUGAAGUGUAUGAAGAUGAACUUUAUCAUGAGGAAUCAUCCAGUGAGCAGAGUAUUGAUAGUGAGGUAGAAUUUCAUCUUUACAGCCAGAUCCACUAUUCCCAAGAUCUUGGAGAAAUCAGUAGCCUAGAAAUAAACAAAGAAGCUGAUGUUACAGAAGUCAGUGGCCAGAGUUCAGUUUUGACUGAGAAAUUGUAUCAGGACAAGAACGUUGUUGAACUGCCUGAUCAUGAUGUCAUUCAGAUUCCAGAUGACCGUGAGAUCAUCGUCUUGUCCGAUACACCGGAUGAAGACAGUGUUUACAAAAGCAAAGCAAAGAAGUCAGCAAACUCUGUAAAUUCAGAGAAAAAAUGUGUCCAUCCAGGAAUUUCCACACCAAAUCGUUCCAAAGUUGCUGAGUCUAAUGCUCUGGAUGGUGCUGAAUCAGUCACAAAAGUUUCAAGGCAAAGGAAAAGGACUAGUGGGAAGCUUAGCUCUGUUACUUCCACUAGAACAUUGCAGGAGGUGAUGGUAAUAGAUGAUAGCUCAAAUACGGAGGAGGAGAGCUUGAUAUCUGAAAGUGAUAAUGUGGAGAGUUGGAUGCUUUUGGAAUGCAGUACGGAUGACAAAGAUGAAGAUAUCCUUUUGAACCUUGAAGGCUGUGGAACUUCUGUUGGUGAAGGAGAAGCUGCUGUGGACUGGUCCAUCAGUAAUAAAGAUGCGGAGGCACAAAUAUGUAACUAUGCACCUACGAGGCGUACGAGUGUCCGAUACUACACAGCUGAUAAAAAUGUUACCUGUAGAAAUUGCGGUAAAACGGGUCAUUUGUCCAAAAACUGUCCUAUUCCAAGGAAAAUUCCCCCUUGUUGUUUGUGUGCGGAAAGAGGCCACCUACAAAACACUUGCCCAGCGCGGUUUUGUUUGAACUGCAGUUUGCCUGGACACUGCUCUAAGGAGUGUCUUGAGAGAGCCUCUUGGAAUAAGCACUGUAACCGCUGUGAUAUGAAAGGGCACUAUGCUGAUGCUUGCCCAGAAAUAUGGAGGCAGUAUCACCUAACAACAAAACCAGGACCAAUAAAGAUGGCCAGUUCUCACUCCGAGCCCUCUGCUCUGGUGUACUGCUACAACUGUUCCCGGGAAGGACAUUUUGGAUAUGCGUGUUCAGAGAGGCGGAUGCAUGGGAGUAUUUUCCCUAGUUCCCCAUUUAUCUACUACUAUGAUGAUGAAUAUGACAUCGAGAAGAGAGCUCACAGACUAAAAAGGAAGGCUUCAGAACUGCAAGAGGCUGGCCUUUUGCCCGUGCGUCUGGAGAGCCCAUGGAAGAGAGAAAAGCACGUGGAACACAGCCAUAAGAAAAAGAAAAAGCCUUGGAAAGAGCAUAGUAAACAAAAGACUAAGUCGUCCCGGACAGACAAACACAGAGCAAAGAAGCACAGAAAUGAGGCUGAAAGGGGCCACGGGAUGGAAGAGGACUUUCCUAGAGGGUAUAAAAAGCAUGCAUCAAAGGCUGGCAAAAAAUGUCACAAGUCAGAUUUCCAGGCACACGGCAGCAAGACAGAAUAUGUCCAAAAGAUUUUGGAAGCAGCUGAAAGGAAGAAGAAAAUGAAAAAGCGGAAAGACAGUAGUCCCAGUAUCGAUGAGAGUUUAUUUCUUAUUAAACAGAGAAAAAAGAAAUCUAAAUAG